GAGCGCUGAGAGCAGCUUCGGGAGCCAGCCCUUGGCACCGCCGCCGCCGCCGCGCUCGAUGUGUGUGUGCCGCGGGGGCUCGGCGCAGCCUGGGCGGGGGGCGCCGUGUGCGUGCGUUCCUUCUCCAACCUUCCCGUCUGUGAGCCCCGCCGCCGCUCUCCUUCGCCCGGGCGGCUCGCACGCAGCGCACACCCCAAACAGGCAUCUGUAUGGGUUGCAACAAUGCUUGGGCCCUGGAGAUUUCAGGCUCAGAGUUAAAAUGUACGCUUGCUGCUCUACAAUAACUUUGGAACAGGACCCCAACAAAAAAAUGCAUAUCUGGAUGCUGCAGACGAUAGCGGUUGCUUUAACAUCGCUAGUCCUGUCGUGGGCAGAAAGCAUCGAGUAUUAUGGGGAAAUCUGCGAUAAGGCGUGUCCUUGCGAGGAAAAGGACAGCAUCUUAACAGUGAGCUGUGAAAACAGAGGGAUCAUCAGCCUUUUCGAGAUCAGCCCACCAAGAUUCCCUGUCUAUCACCUCUUGUUAUCUGGGAACCUUCUGAACAGACUCUACCCAAACCAGUUUGUUAAUUACACUGGGGCUUCGAUUUUGCAUUUAGGGAGCAAUGACAUACAAGACAUCGAAACGGGGGCCUUUCAUGGUCUGCGGGGCUUAAGGAGGCUGCACCUGAACAAUAACAAGCUGGAACUAUUAAGGGAUGACACUUUCCUUGGUCUGGAGAGUUUGGAGUAUCUUCAAGUCGAUUAUAAUUACAUCAGCACUAUUGAACCCAAUGCUUUCAGCAAACUGCAUUUGCUGCAGGUGCUGAUCCUCAAUGAUAACCUCCUCUCCAGUUUGCCCAACAACCUUUUCCGUUUUGUGCCCUUAACUCACCUGGACUUGAGGGGUAACCGGCUGAAGCUGCUGCCCUACCUGGGCCUUUUGCAGCACAUGGAUAAAGUGGUUGAGCUGCAGCUGGAGGAGAACCCAUGGAAUUGCUCUUGCGAGUUGAUCGCUCUGAAGGAUUGGCUAGACAGUAUCUCCUACUCGGCUCUGGUGGGGGACGUGGUUUGUGAAACCCCUUUCCGCUUGCACGGCCGAGACUUGGAUGAAGUCUCCAAGCAGGAGCUUUGCCCUAGGAGACUCAUCUCGGAUUACGAAAUGCGACCGCAGACACCAUUGAGCACCACAGGGUAUUUCCACACUACCCCGGCCUCGGUCAACUCCGUGGCCACCUCUUCCUCGGCUGUUUACAAAUCCCCCUUGAAGCCCCCUAAAGGGACCCGUCAACCAAACAAGACCAGGGUGCGUCCCACCUCCCGCCUGCCCUCCAAAGACCUGGGAUACAGCAAUUACGGCCCCAGCAUCGCCUACCAGACCAAAUCCCCGGUGCCUUUGGAAUGUCCCACCGCCUGCACUUGCAACCUGCAGAUCUCCGACCUGGGCCUCAAUGUCAAUUGCCAGGAGAGGAAGAUCGAAAGUAUCUCCGAGCUACAGCCCAAACCCUACAACCCCAAGAAGAUGUAUCUGACCGAGAACUACAUCGCCCUGGUGCGCAGGGCGGAUUUCCUGGACGCCACCGGGCUAGAUUUGUUGCACCUGGGCAACAACCGGAUCUCGGUCAUUCAGGACCGGGCCUUUGGGGAUCUAACUAAUUUGAGAAGACUCUACCUGAACGGGAACCGGAUCGAGCGACUGAGCCCGGAGCUGUUCUACGGGCUGCAGAGCCUGCAGUACCUCUUCCUGCAGUACAACAUCAUCCGGGACAUCGAGGCGGGCACCUUUGAGUCAGUCCCCAACCUCCAGCUCUUGUUUUUGAACAACAACCUGCUGAGAUCUUUGCCCGCCAGCAUUUUUUCCGGCCUGACUCUCUACAGGCUGAGCCUGAGGAGCAACCACUUCUCCUACCUGCCUGUGAGCGGGGUGCUGGACCAGCUGAAAUCCCUGCUGCAGAUCGACCUGCACGAGAACCCCUGGGAUUGCACCUGCGACGUGGUGGGCAUGAAGCUGUGGCUGGAGCAGCUCAACACCGGGGUGCUGGUGGACCAGGUCAUCUGCGAGUCCCCCAAGAAGUUCUCCCAGAGCGACAUGCGGACCAUCAGGUCGGAGUUGCUGUGCCCAGACUACUCCGACAUCAUCGUCUCCACCCCUACCCCUUCCUCCAUCCAGCUGCCGGGCGGGACCACCCUUUUCUCUUCCACCGUGCGGCUCAACAGCACGGGCGCGGCGGGGGGCGCGGCGCCCUCGGGCGGCGGGGGCGGAUCCCCCUCGUCGUCGGUGCCGCUGUCGGUGCUGAUCCUGAGCCUGCUGCUGGUGUUCAUCAUGUCGGUGUUCGUGGCGGCGGGGCUCUUCGUGCUGGUAAUGAAGCGCCGGAAGAAGGGCCAGGGCGACCCGGCCAGCGCCAACAACUCCGACGUGAGCUCCUUCAACAUGCAGUACAGCGUCUACGGCAGCGGCCACCACCACCACCCGGCGCCGCAGCAGCCCCGCCACCCGCGCGGCGGCGGCCCGGCCCUGCCCAAGGUGAAGACCCCCGCCGGCCACGUGUACGAGUACAUCCCGCACCCGCUGGGCCACAUGUGCAAGAACCCCAUCUACCGCUCCCGGGAGGGCAACGCGGGCGAGGAUUACAAAGACCUGCACGAGCUCAAGGUCACCUACAGCAACCACCACUUGCAGCAAGGGCCGCCGCCCCCGCCGCCCCCGGGGGAGGAGGAGCCCCUGCGGAGCCCCACUUACAGCGUCAGCACCAUAGAGCCCCGGGAGGAGCUGCUCUCCCCGGUGCAAGACGCCGAUCGCUUUUACAGGGGCAUUUUGGAGCCCGAUAAACACUCCUCCUCCUCGCUGGGCACCCCCGGCAAUAAUCUCCCCGAUUACCCCAAAUUCCCCGCCGCCUACACCUACACCCCCAACUAUGACCUUAUGCGGCCCCAUCAGUACUUGCACCCCGGGGCCGGGGACAGCAGGCUCCGGGAGACGGUGCUCUACAGCCCCCCGAGUACUGUCUAUGUAGAGCCCAACAGGAACGAGUAUCUGGAGUUAAAAGCAAAACUAAACGCAGAGCCGGACUACCUCGAAGUGCUGGAAAAACAGACCACAUUCAGCCAGUUCUGAGAAAUCCCUCCCUUCCCCCAACAACCAUAGCGACUCCUCCUCCUCUAGAGUAUUUGUAUUUAACAACCACACACAAAACAAAGAAACACAAAUGCUGAACCCCCUCCCACCCCCUUUAACUCAUUUUGUUGUAGGGUGAAGUGCCUUGGCACAGGAUUUUCAGCUUCGGGGAAUGAUACUGAAAGGGUGUGCUGUUUCAUUUUUAUUUUUACAAGUAGGAAACAAUCUAUUGUGUAAACUGGGCACAACACUUGCUCUUGUGUGUUUGUGUGUCUGUGUGUUGGGGAGGGGGGAAAGAGGGUUUACUUAGGUUGGCUCGUGCAGGUUAUAAGUACAAAAGUCAUAGUCACUUUCAUUUUGUUGGACAGGCGUUGCUAAAUUUUAUUUUCUCUUUGGUUGAAGAGUGCAGCGCACGUUUCCCCCUUUUAGCUCUGGGUGAGUCUAAAUGGCUUUUAAGGAAAGAUUUGCACACCCGAUUUAAUACAAGGUUUCCUUUUUUAAAGGAUGUGUUUGUAUGCUUUCUGGACUUUUGAAUUAAAAAAAUAUAUAUAUUAUGAUCUUUAAAAAAGAUCACCAGAGAUGUUGACAAAUCAUUAAAGAGGGCAGAGAUAUAUGAUCCAUAACUGGUUAGUGAAAAUAACUUAUUGAUGAACUAUAAAAUAUUUUAUUGUAGCACCUAUUUUUAUAUGUGCAUUAGCAUUUCUCUUUCCUUCACUAUUUUAGGGCCCAGUCUUGCAAAUACUUACAUACCCACGUAACUCUAUUCAUGAAAGUAGUCUUGGCAUAGGCAUCCAUCCUGCAAACACUUAGGCAAAUGAACAACUUUGCUCAGGUGUGUAGUCCCAUAGAUUUCAGUGAGUAUGUAAAGUUAGCCACAUGCCCAAAAGUUUGGAGGACUGGGGCCAUAGUCAGUGCAACUGUUCUCAUAAGUAAAGUUACAUGGACAUGUAAUUUUUUUUUCAGGAUGGGGCCCAGAGUCUGUGAAUUGCUCAGAAGUGUUGCACUACAUGCAGAGCUUUAUUUCCAAAGCUGAAGUGGUAUCAGGAGGAUAUUUUAAAUCACUAAAAUUAACAGUAAUUAUGACCAAAUUUAAAAGACAAUCUAAGACAAGCAAUCUGGUCAGGAUAAAAGAAUAUUGUAUUGGGAACCUCCUGCUAGGGCAAUUAGUCGGACUAACUAGCGAGGGACAUGUGGAAAUCGUUGAUUUUAGCAGGAAAAUUGUUUCUUUUCAUUACUCAACCAAAAUAUAAUGAUUUGACUACUGUUGUAGCCAAUUUCUGAUUGUUUAGUCAAAUGCAAUUGCACUUGUACAGAUCCAUGUGUAUACUGGCACUUUGAAAGACCAAAUGAUGGACUGUACACAUCUCUAUAUAAUGUCUUUACCCCUUUGGGCAUCAGGCAAUUAAAAGGAUAUCCAUAAAUACAGCAUCACUGUAAGAUGGGACAACUGGUGUCUCAUAUGUAUCCCAGCACAUGUAAUUUUUUAAAAAUAAUUUCUGAAUAAACACUUGAUAACUAUUUCAAAUGUAAGGACAUGAAGUAAUGAUUACCUGAAGUUCACAAUAUCUUGCCAAAAUCAAACUUUGCUAUGUGAAACUGCCUUUACUAGCAAUGAAGUCUGAACGGAAAGGAACUAACAGUAUAAUCUGAUGUGUUGUUCUUCAGGUUAUUUUCAAAACACAAUAUAUUGUAAUUUAUCAAGAUACCUGACAUGGGUCAGAACUGGACAUUGCUAUGUGAAUCACGAACUUGCUUAAAAGUAUAGUUUCAUAUUUACAUUUUUUUCCUUUCUAAAGUCUUCAUUUAAGAUAUGGAUCAGGGUAAGUGAUAUUUCACAUUCUUUUUUACCUUUAUCUCUUAGGUUAUUGUAUUUGGUAUUGUUUGGCCAGGAUUCGCUAGUACAUCUGUUUUGCAAAAGGGCUCUGUUCUGUGCUGCUUUUUCUACUUAUGUAAAGUAUGUGUCUUUAUUUUUGUGUUAAACUGGCCUUCAGCAAUUCAGGAUGAAUGAUGUGUUGGGAUGUGUACUUCCCUUCCACCAUGCCCUCCACUACCCAAACAAACAAAAUCAAAUGUGCAUGACCAUACAUAACUCUGGGUGGUUUGGUCAAUAUACUGAAAUGUGGAUUUUAAAUGUGAACAGGAGAUUCUUCUUGUUUUAUUGCAAAAGCAACAACACAUGGCAUUAUGGUGUAUACUGCUCUUGAUCUGCAGCAUAUCUCUCAUUGAAGUCAAUGAGAGAUGUAAGUGCUGAUUGAGGUCUCAUUCUGCAGUUUCUAUUGAGCAAAAAACUCCCUUUGAACCAUUGCCAAAGCCAAAGGGCCUCAUUCUCUUCUCAUUUACACUGGUGUAAAUUAGGAGUAAUCAUUAAAGUCAGCAGUUACACUGGUGUUAAAUGGCUACAAGUGAGAAGACGAUUAAGCACAUUGGCUUGCACAGUGACAUGGAAGGAGAUUUUCUUAGUAAUGUCCAAAUGAUCAGGGCAAUACGUGGUCCUUCAGAUGUGAAACUUUUUUUCUUGUGCACCCAAAAUUCAAGUUGAUGGGAGUUUUGGAUGGUUUCAGUAGAAAUGCAGGAUCUGGUCCUUAAUGUGAAAGGUACAUUUUACAUGGCAUUCUGCCACAAAGAGGCAGCAUCCACAAGUGUGUAAAUGCACAGGAACAGCUUGAAUUUAUGAGACCUGGGUGAUAGAAAUGCCUGAACAGUCUUUUUAUGUCAGAGUUCCUGAUGCUGCUAUUUCUGAUGCCAGUAAAUCUGCUGCCUCCAUAUUCUCUGCAUACACUUGAUAUUUGAGACCAGGAAACAUUCUAACAGUAUACGUGCUAAAAUCAGAAUAAUUAGUGAAAUCCUCUUCAGUGCCCUACACCAACUACAAGUAGCAAAAAAUUAAAAUAUUAGGAGAGCCAUUAUUGGAGAAGAAAUUUAAACAUAAUCAAUUAACCUCCAGCCGCGUAGUCUUGAAGAAGAAUUCUUAAAAGACACAUGAAUUUCGAAAAAGAUCAUUUACUCAUUAAGUAUCCUGAAAUACAACUAAGAGGGACAUUGAUAACUCAGACCUUAAUAGAAAUGGGAUUACCCAUGCAGAGGCUACAAUGAUUAAUUUUCUGAAGAAAAUUAUAGGUAGAAAGAGGUGACAGAAUGUCUGAUCACAGAGGUAGUUUUGGUUUUGGAGCAAUAUAUUUAUAUGGAAAAUAUGACCUUUGUUUGCUAGCAGGAUCAGUGAAACCAUCAGUUUUGCUAGCAGGAUCUGCUGAGUUAGUGCUGACCAAAGAAGUAAAAGUGUCAGAGAAAAAAAUAUAUUAAUCCUUUUUUUUUUUUAAGUUGAGAAUUGUUUUAAUGGAGCCAUUUAAUUCACUUCCCCUUUUUGUCCAAUUGUUGCCCUUUUUGACAAGAUAUGUUGAGUUUCCUGAGAUGAAAGAGCCAUAUAGCUAUACAUUUUCUUUCAAAAGUUCAUGUAAAUCGAUUAUAAAAGAGAAAUAAAGGCAAAAGAACCCUAAUUUCUAAAAUGUAAGUGCUAGAAUCAACAUACAGAUUCUGACAAUAUAAUAUAUAACAUUUAUUUAUAAAAGCAAGUCAAAAGAUUUCUUUAUCUAUCUUCUAUAUUCAGUAUUUUGCCAACUGUUUAGCAUACUGAUGCAACGUCUUAUAUUCAUAAUUGUGCUUUGGGACAGAUUUUCUUUUUUGGGGUCCAGAUUCUUUCUUUCUUUCUUUCCUUCUUUCUUUCACAUUAAUUUCACAACAUUCACCCAUGUAUUUUCUAGCUGUUUUUAUAAAUUAUUUUGAACACCAAACUUUGUGUUCAUUUUGUCAUCAAUUAAACAUCUGACAUGAAAGAUGUUUCCACUUUUAUAUUUAUAGGACCUAUUAUUGCACACUUUUCUCAUGUUGAACUCACAUUGACUUUCAUGUCAGUUGUAGCUGAGUAAAACAUGUAGGAUUGUGUCUAAAGACUGGUAUAUUUCAGUUUCAUAUAUUUUCCAUUAUCUAUUUAUAGUACUAGAUAACUGAUACUCAGGAGUAUUCCUUUUAGACAAAAUUCUGGUACUCCUUGUCAUAUUGAUUAGUAGUUUAAUUUAAUUGAAAUUAAGGGUAAGGUACUGUUCAACAUGAAUAACAUAUAAGAAUCUAGCCCAUAUAAAUACAUUAUAGAAAAAAUAAAUCUAAGAAAGCAGUAAUAUUUAAUGUAAUGUCAUGCAAUAUAAUACUAGUAUGAUAAAUAUAGUUUUAGGUGGGUAAAUACUUUAUAAUUAUUGGUAGGUUAUUACUAUCAUAGCUUACAUACAAGUUAUAAAAUAUAAUGAGGUACACUUUCUCUCUGACAUUUAAGAGUCACUUUUUGGUAAUUUUAUAGUAUGCCAUGUUAAAGAUCCGUCAGAAGAAGUAGUUACUUUCACUUGAGGGAAAGUCAUCAUUUACUGAUCAAAUAAUAAUGACAGAAAGCAAAAUAUUGGUCCUUUAGCUGUGCAGAGUGGAGCUUAGGUGGAUAUGGGUAUUCUGCACCCCUCAAAGAGGCUUAAAUGGAUUCUGACAUUAUCAGACCCUAUCAGAGCUGGUUGCAUAAUUCAUAUGGAUCCAUUGUCUGGGGCAAAGUGCACAAAUCCAUCCCAAGACAAUUAUCCAUGGCAUCCUGGAGGCUGGGAGAUGGUACUGGGACAAGCAGAGAGUUUGAUGUGAGGAGGCUGGUGCUCCUCAUUUUCCUGACAGCUGGUGAGACUAAAAGAGCUCUCGGGUGAAGAUAGGACCACUGGAGUGAUGAUUCCCCUCAAGAGCCCAGGGCAGAAAUAUAGUCUUCCCUUAUGCCUGCACAGCUCCUAGGACAUUGUCAUUACUACUGGAAACAAAUAACAACGUAGAGUGAGUAGUAGAAAGUGAAUGACAAAGACACCCACCUUCUCAUCACCACCAGCCUCGCAAAGCUGCAAUUACUUGCUUUAGUUAACGUGUUUUAGAGAAUACCCCCCCCCCG